ACAGGAGCCUCUUCUCUCAUGCUCUGAUUGAUUUCCUCACCUUCUCGCCAAUCAGUCAAUCCAGAUGGCGAUGAUCAGCUUGCAGGCGAUGCGCAAGGCACAGAGAGCUCAAGGUCCGGCCACCAUCUUGUCCGUCGGCACCGCCAACCCGCCCAAUCUCUACGAGCAGACCACGUAUCCCGACUACUACUUCCGCGUCACCAACUCGGAGGACAAGCAGGAGUUGAAGAGCAAGUUCCGUCGCAUGUGCGAGAAGACGAUGGUGAAGAGGCGCUACCUUUACUUGACGCCGGAGAUCCUGAAGGAGCGGCCGAAGCUGUGCUCGUACAUGGAGCCGUCGUUCGACGACCGGCAGGACAUCGUGGUGGAGGAGAUUCCGAAGCUGGCUGCGGAGGCAGCGGAGAAGGCUAUCAAGGAGUGGGGCGGCGAGAAGUCGGCCAUCACCCACCUCGUCUUCUGCUCCAUCAGCGGCAUCGACAUGCCCGGCGCCGACUACCGCCUCGCUAAGCUUCUCGGGCUCCCGCUCACCGUCAAUCGCCUGAUGCUCUACAGCCAGGCCUGCCACAUGGGCGCCGCCAUGCUGCGCAUCGCCAAGGACAUCGCCGAGAACAACCGCUCCGCGCGCGUCCUCGUCGUCGCCUGCGAGAUCACCGUGCUCAGCUUCCGCGGCCCUGACGAGCGCGACUUCCAGGCGCUCGCCGGCCAGGCCGGCUUCGGAGACGGCGCCGCCGCGGUGGUCGUCGGCGCCGACCCCGUCCCCGGCGUCGAGCGGCCGCUCUACCACAUCAUGUCGGCGACUCAGACGACGGUGCCGGAGAGCGAGAAGGCGGUGGGGGGUCACCUCCGCGAGGUGGGGCUGACCUUCCACUCUUUCAACCAACUCCCGGCGAUCAUCGCUGACAACGUGGGGAGCAGCCUGGCGGAGGCGUUCGAACCGAUCGGGAUCAAGGACUGGAACGACAUCUUCUGGGUGGCGCACCCUGGCAACUGGGCCAUCAUGAACGCCAUCGAGACCAAGCUGGGGCUGGAACAGAGCAAGCUGGCCACCGCACGCCACGUCUUCUCCGAGUUCGGCAACAUGCAGAGCGCCACCGUCUACUUCGUGAUGGACGAGCUCAGGAAACGGUCGGCGGCGGAGAACCGGGAGACCACCGGCGACGGGCUCCGCUGGGGCGUGCUCUUCGGCUUCGGCCCCGGCAUCAGCAUCGAAACCGUCGUGCUCCAAAGCGUGCCGCUUUAGAUACGAUUAAUUUGACAUUAAUUGCAAGAUUUUCCCAGUGAAUUAUGAACACGAUCGAUCAAUCGAUAGACGAUUGCUGUGUAUUGAAGAAUGUGUGAUUAAUUAUGUCAUAAAUGGUUGUAUUAAACAAAGAGUUACAGUGAUAGUUGCUCUAAUGACGGUGUUUGUGAA